AUGAGCAAAUACGCGACUAAUUCCCAACAGCGUACCAGCGAGCGUGAUUCUCCGCUACAGGCGUCAGCUUCAGCUUCAGCACCUUUGAACCAGCGAAACAGUAUUUUAGAUCCCCAUUUGUCUGUACUUCAGCUCUUAGAGCGUGCAGAGCAACCAACGACCACCCAAUCAGAGCUGGCACCGCUCAAGAGACAUGAGUUGGUGCGAACACCUUCACCCGCUAAGAUGUGCGUCUCAGAAGCUAUGAAUCGCAGCAUUUCAGAGUCCUGGCAAUCCAUAAGGCGUACAGACUAUUCCAUUCUCCAUGUUUUAAACGAAGCUUCUUCGAAUCAUCAACCGGUAGGCAUUCUAUCGUCCUCCGACACUUCAGAAGACGAACCAGAUCACUUUUUAUCUCCAUCUCCCAAUAACUACACAUUUGGAGCUGCUAGCGCGAUGCUUCCUGAGCCCCCCCACGCUCUAGAGGCUCCUCCAUUGUCUACAUUGCGCAAUUCGGGAUUACAGACAACUCAACAAAACGAUGAUUCAUUGCAUGGCGGCGAUAUUGACAGUGACAUUGACAACGACAAUGAAACUGUCACUUUAAGUUUAAUGAAUUCGUCGAAUUCUUUUGUGAUGCCUAAAUUGUCCUUAUUCCAGCAAUCACAAAAGUUCUGCAUUCUGAUUGUGGGAAAGCCCGCUCAGAGAUUCUUCAGAGAUAUUCCAAAAUCGUAUCAGAAGUUAUUUGACGUCUGUGACGUUGAGACGUUGAGUUCCCACAAAGUCAAACAAUAUAGCGCCGUAAUGAUCAUUUUCAGUGACCCCAAAAAUGGCCAAACACUGCUGGAGAAAGUUGCUCCCCAUAACAUAAACAUAAUUGCGGUCUGCCAGCGGGGCCAACAACAGCAAAUUUCGAACCUUUUGAGCCGGUUCUCAAAAUCGAAUCAAAUGCGUUUAGUUUAUCACUUGACUGUUAUGUCAGAUCAUCAGGAUGUACAUCGAAUGCUGAGAUACUUACACAGCCUCAGCUCGGAGGUUGAAUCAGGCUACGAAACUGAAGUCGGGUCGCGGAAGAUUCGCAAACGGCGCAAGUCCCAGAGAAAGAGGCCCGCUAACCUCAACAUAAGUCGCUGGGUUGUUUGGAGUAUAUCGCUAACCGUGGGCGUAGGGAUUGGUUAUUGCAUCUCAUGUGUUUUAUCGUCAGCUGUUUCUAGUCGCAGCGGUGAUUUCUCGAUGCGUUCUGCAGACAAUGUUACAUUCUUGGAGGAUGUGUCAAUGUCUUCCCCCGACGGAACCUUUGACAGCUAUGUUCGCCAACUUGUUCUAGCAUUCAGGAAAGCAAUAAAGCAAGCCAAUCUAUCCUUUAAGCAGUACCUGAACGGUCAGUCUUUGCUUGUCAUGUGGAUGCAACGCAUGGGCAAAGAGUGGAUGUCUGAAGACUCAGACACAACACUACCGGGCGUAGCGGCAUUAGAUCUAGUUUUGAUAUGA